GGGAGAAAAUGCGCUGCACGAGGCUUUGCAAAGGGGAAUGCUGAAAAGUGCCUUUGGGUGGCUUUUGAAAGUAAAAAGCCAUUGCUAAAAAUUUUAAAGAAAGGGGAAAAAGCUCUAAAGGCGUCCUGGCUCCAGUUAGGGCAGACGCGGGCCGCGUGGGCCGGCUAGUUUUAAGAAUGGGCUGUAGUUUCUUUUAGGUCAAUAUCAGUAAUGUAUCACCUAAACAGAAACUUGUCAGCUAUUUUUUUUUAAGUAUAAACUCGGAUUGGGGUCAGUGUUCAUAGGUGUGACCAGCACCGCUCCCAAAACAAAAGCUAUUCUCAAAAACGUCUAAGAGGAUGAAGGGGCCCUCAUCCGUGGUCCUACCUAAACAGUACUCUUUUUUAUCAUUAAGAGCCUAAAAAGGUCUUAAUUUUAAAUAGAGUCUCAAUAGAUGUGAUCCGCCUAAACAGAGGCUCCUUUCAGAAAAGGAGUCUGGAGAUCAAAAAGGUUCAGAGACGAUGAUCUAGUCCAACUCCUUCAUAUUAGAAAAGAAGAAACUAAGAAUCUAUUAGAAAAGAAGAAACUGAGAAUCAGAAGAUCAGGUGCUUCAGAAACUGGGGAAAAUAGCAGAAACCAAAGAUGAACAUUUUGAACAGGCUGCUCAAAACUUCUACCAGCAGCAGACUGAAGGCCAAAAACUACACAAGGACUUGAAACAUUUCCUUGAUGCUGUCAAAGUGAUGCACGACAGCUCGAUGAGACUGUCCCAGACUCUACAGGAGAUCUACAGCUCUGAAUGGGAGGGUUACAGGGACCUGAAAGUCAUUGCAGCGAAUAAUAAUCUCCUUUGGGAAGACUAUGAAGAGAAACUGGCUGACCAGGUCGUGAGAACUAUGGAGAACUACAUUUGCCAGUUCAGCGAAGUUAAGGAGAGAAUUUCUAAGCGAGGCCGGAAACUGGUAGAUUAUGACAGUACCCGCCACCACCUCGAGGCCGUGCAGAAUGCCAAGAAGAAGGAUGAGGCUAAAAUCCUCAAGGCAGAGGAGGAGUUCCAGAAAGCCCAGACAGUGUUUGAGGACCUAAACCGGGAGCUACGGGAAGAGCUGCCCAUUCUCUACAGCAGCCGCAUUGGCUGCUAUGUGACCAUCUUCCAGAACAUCUCCAACCUCAGAGAUGUUUUCUAUAAGGAAAUGAGCAAGCUGAACCAUGACCUAUAUGAAGUGAUGAGCAAACUGGAGAAGCAAUAUUCCAGCAAAGUCUUUGUGGUCAAGGGAGUAUCCAAGCAGCGAGGCUCCUUGGUCAUCUCAUCUCCCAUACCUAGAUCCAGUAUUUCCCUAACCUCUGGGGAGGGCAGCCCUCUGGCCUCCCCCAGCUGUCCUUCUCCUACAGAUUCUUCUCCUAGAAGUCUGUCUCCUGAAAGCCCCCCUCCCAGAAGUCCCUCUCCUGCGAUACCCAUUGCCACAAGCCCUUCUUCCACCAACACCUCCCUCCUUUCCUUGAAGAGGGAAAGAGAAUCAGCCUCUGAAGAAGAAAAGGCUCCAGCUGUGGAGCUCACCCAGAAGGAAGAUUUCCCUGAAUUCCAAGAGGACCCCUUUGAUGAAGAGAAAACAGGGGACGAGGAUCACUCCAGUGUUGAGGAAAAGUUUGUGCCUCCCUGCAAUGGCCCGGCUGGGUCCCGGCCCUCUUCUGUGGCUGAGGACGAGCUGCAAGCCGGAGGACCCCCUCCUGACCCGGCCCCUGUCUCCAUUGGAGUCCCGCCUUCUCCCAAGGAUGAAGAAUCAGGCCCAAGGGAGAGAGCGCCUAGUUUCCAAUCUGUGAUGGUAGCUGGUGAGGCAUCUCCUCCCGCGCUCCAGGGCCCGGGGCCCUGCCCUGAUCCCAAACCGGCUGAGCCACCCGGGGCUGGCACACCCGGCCUCAGCUCAGGGGACAGCAGCGCCAGAAGCCUGGAGCAGCGCUUCCCUGCGCCACCCGGCAGGCAGGUUUCUUAUGAACUUGGCACAAAAGAAGAGGUAAUUAGUGAGGAAAAUAAGAACUCAGACCAGAGCAAGAAGCGGGAUUCAGACAUUCCCCUUCAGGUGAAGGAAUGUCCGCAAGAAGAAGAAAAUUGAGUAAGAACUUUGUCCAUGAUCCCCACAGCUUCCCAAACUGGGAAGUGCCAGUUGUGAGAACAAGAAGCCAGCUGGUCCAGGAGCCACAGUCCAGGCGGCCUCCCUCUUUGGGCAGUGGGAAUGCUGGCCCUCAGGGGAGUCAGGGAAGAAAGUUUGACCCAGAGAAUAGUUCAUCCAAACUGGGGAGUUGUUAGCAUGAUAAAAGCUGGUUUUAAUUAUCUUUUUUAGUGAAGGGGGGUUUAGGGAUUGGAACAAAAAGCACACACAUCACAGAGACUUCUGUACUCAUAUAGAAACACAUACUGUGAUGGAGAUUAAAACAGUUGUGCAUGAUUUAAAAGGCCAGAAGGUCGGUUUUCAGUGUUAAAGACAAAUAAACUAACUGUGGUUCUGAA